AUGGGUGCCCUUUCCCCGCCGAGGAAGACGGACGGACUCUACCAGCGAAGGGCCUUGGGUGCCCUUCCCCGCCGAGGGAACGAUUGGAACGGACUCACCAGCCGAGGCCGUGGGGCCCUUCCUGGCCACCGGGCCGGUUCGAGGGCCCUUCCCUUUCUUCGGCCCUUUGGGACGGGCCCCCCAGCCUUCCUGGCCACCGCCGGUCGGAAGCCCUUCCCCUUCUUCGGCUGGGACGGGCAAGCCUCCUCCUGGCCAACGCCGGUCGAGCCCUUCCCCUUCUUCUGCUGGGACGGGCAUGCCUCUCCUGGGCCACCGCGGUCGAGGGGGCCUCCCCCUUCCCUUCGGCCCCUCGGGACGGGCAGCCCUCCUGGCCAACCGCCCGGUCGGAGCCCUUCCCCUUCUUCGGCUGGGACGGGCAGGCCUCUCCUGGGCCAACCGCCGGUCCGAGCCCUCCCCCUCUUCGGCUGCGGCGGGGCAGCCUCUCCUGGCCCCCACGCCGGUCGAGCCCUUCCCCCUUAUUCGGCUUGGGACCCUUGGCCCCAGCCUCUCCUGGCCACCGCCGGCGGAAGCCCUUCCCCCUUCUUCGGAUUGGGACGAGGCAGCCUCUCCUGGCCACCGCCGGUCCGAGCCCUUCCCCCUUCUUCGGCCUUGGGACGGGCUAGCCUCCUCCCUGGCCAACCGCCGGUCGAGCCCUUCCCCCAGCUUCGGCCCUUGGGACGGGCAGCCCCUUCUUCCUGGCCACGCCCGGUCGAGGGCCCUUCAACUUCUUGGCUGGAGGGUGGGCAGCCUCUCCUCGGUCCACCGCAGGUCGAGCCCUUCCCCCUUGCUUCGGCUGGGACGGGCAGCCUCUCCUGGUAG